GAAAGGUUGAGCUUCUUAGGUCAUCCGAAACACCUUUUAAAAAUGCAGUACAGAAUGCAUCCAUCAAUUAGUAGCUUCCCAAAUUCAAAUUUCUACUCUAAUAAGAUCAUCGAUGCACCAAAUGUUAAGAUAAGAAGUUAUGAGAAAUGUUAUCUUCCAGGGCCAAUGUUUGGUCCCUAUUCAUUCAUAAAUGUAAAUGGUGGACGAGAAGAGGUGGAUGAUGUUGGACGUAGCCAAAGAAAUAUGGCUGAGGCAGCUGUUGUGUUGAAAUUAAUUCAUUGCCUGUACAAAGCAUGGAAUGGCUUAAAACAGAAUCUCAGCAUCGGCGUUAUAUCUCCCUAUGCUGCUCAGGUAGUUGCAAUUCAAGACAAACUUAGUUCCAAGUAUGAAAAAGUUGAUGGCUUUUCAGUGAAAGUCCAGUCAAUAGAUGGAUUCCAAGGUGGUGAGGAAGAUAUUGUAAUAAUAUCAACAGUGAGAUCAAAUAGUAGUGGUGGUAUUGGGUUUGUGUCUGACCCUCGAAGAGUUAAUGUUUCUCUUACAAGGGCUAGGCAUUGCCUUUGGAUUUUAGGGAAUGAAAGAACACUUUUUAGAAGUAGAUCUAUCUGGGAAAUGCUAAUUCGUGAUGCAAAACAUCGUCAAUGUUUCUUUAAUGCUGAUGAAAAUAAAGAAUUGGCUAAAGCCAUUCUAGACGUCAAGAAAGAGUUUGAUCAACUUGAUGAUUUGCUUAAUGGAAAUAGCGUGCUUUUCAAAUGUGCCAGGUGGAAGGUUCUUUUCAGUGAAUACUUUAGAAGAUCAUUUGGAAAGCUGAGAGCAAAAUGGACAAGGACUUUCUGUUUUGAACCUAGACUUGAAAAGUUCCCAAAGUUUGGUCAACCUCAAUUUGAUAUUGUCCGUUAUAAGAGUCUCCUAUCAACAAUUGAAGCAGGGAAUGAUUCAAAUUUUGGCGCUUGUUCUGAUUCUAAAUGGCUAUGUGGAAAACUCCAAAGGACGGUCAGGGGACUGGAAAAACAUACUGUUUUAACAGAUGAAGUUGUUUCAGAAAGGAAGCAACAGUUCCAAUGGCAACUGAAGGAAUUCGGUUAA